AUGUGUGAGGUUCCUGUACCUGUGUCCCUCCUGAAGAAGAGUUAUGAUGAAGAGCUGCAGAAGACAGCAGCAGCCAUCAGACACCAGCUGGCCAAGGGGGGUGAGAGGCCGUAUAGAGAGGUGCUGGAUGUCAGCUGUGCAGACGGGCAGAGCAAAGGCAUGGCCCCAAACACCUUCAUGAGACAGGUUCUUGCCGCGUGUCUGUAUCCUGAGCUGCUCCAAGACGAUUCACUUCCUGUUGACGUUCGCCAGAGAGCAGAGAGCAUGCUGGGAGCAUGUGAUGGAGGCAGCGUGGGUGCGUACUCUGACACCUGUGGUAAUGAUCGUGUGCUGGCCAGCGUGUCCGAGUUCAUCUCAAGGAGAGACGGAGGCCUCGCAGCCGACCCCAAACACACACACCUGUACAUCACCUCCGGACACCAACGAGGACUUAUGGUUAUCCUGAAGCUGCUGGCGUGUGGGCGUGGCCAAACCCAACAGCAGCCAGCCGUGCUGAUCCCGGAGCCACACCCCCACACUCUGCCCCGCCUCCUGGAUGUGAUUGGCUUAGCCGCGCUCCCCUAUAGGCUGCAGGAGGACAGGGGGUGGGGCCUGGAGAAAACGGAGCUGCAGAGAGUCAUCCAGGCCGCUGGGGGGCGCUAUAACCCCAGAGCCAUUUACAUCCCCAACCCAGGAGACCCCACUGGACACGUGCAGGACAGGAGGACCAUACGACAGGUGAUCGAGUUUGCUGCGGAGGAGAACCUGCUCUUAUUGGUGGACGAGGUCUACCAGGACUGUGUGUUUGGGGAGGGGUGUGAGUUCCUGUCCUAUAAGAGAGCUCUGUUCGAGAUGGGCCCCGCCUCCUCGGGAGCCGUCAAGAUGGCGUCAUUCAACUCCCUCUCCAACGGCACCCUGGGAGAGUGUGGCCUGAGAGCGGGCUACAUGGAGCUGGUCAACUUUGAAGACGCUGUGCUGCCAUUCGUCGAGAUUCUGCUGAUGGGGGAUAUAAGCCCUCCCGUGAUUGGCCAGGUGGGGCUUGAUGUCAUGGCUCGUCCACCGUGCCCCGGAGAGCCCUCUUACAGCAGAUACAUUCAGGUGGAGGUGAUGUGCUGUAAGAACAUUCUGAGGGAGAAUGCAGCCAAGGGGCGGAGCUUACUCAACUCACUUCCUGGAGUCAACUGCCCACCUGUAAGGGGAGGAGUCUAUUUGUACACACACCUUACCUUACCACAGGUGGUGGGUAUCCAUGCUGGGCUCGUGUAUUGCCAGAGGUUUCUGGAAGAGGAGGGUGUGUGUUUGGGCCUCACUGAGUGUGGAGACUCCUCUGCCAUCGGAACCUGCUGCUACUUGAGGAUCUGCAUUCUCAUGCCUACCCAUAAGCUGUGUGACCUCCUGAGGCGCCUGGCAUCAUUUCACCUUCGCUUCCUCCUGAGGCGCCUGGCAUCAUUUCACCCCCUUAAUCUGCUACCUUCUGAGGCGCCUGGCGUCAUUUCACCUGCACAUCCUUAG